UGAGCGGGGCGGGGUCAGGCGCGCUGCGCUGUCUAGGAGUCCGUUGAGCUGGGAGCUGCUAAUGGUCUGAAGCCGGAAAACGGGCUGGGUCUGUCCAGGGCGGCCCGCUGACUGCUCGGCUCUUCCUUCCAUGCCAACAGGCCCGCACUGGCCCUCAGAUGGAUUUGCUGAUGUAAAGAAAAGUGACUUGGAUUUCUCCUGGCUGCUUACUAGACUACACUGUUGAGCAUCAGCACUUUUAGAAGAUGACGACAGAAGAGGUGGUCGUUGUUGCAAAGUUUGACUACGUUGCACAGCAAGACCAGGAGUUGGAUAUCAAAAAAAAUGAAAGGCUUUGGCUCCUAGACGAUUCAAAAUCAUGGUGGCGUGUUCGCAAUUCUGUGAACAAAACUGGAUUUGUACCAUCUAACUAUGUUGAAAGGAAGAACAGUGCUCGUAAAGCAUCAAUUGUAAAAAAUCUAAAGGACACAUUGGGUAUUGGAAAAGUGAAACGGAAAACAAACAUGCCAGAUUCUUCAUCAACAGCUGAUGAUAGCUUCCCAGACACCGAGCGGUUAUAUGACUUGAACAUGCCAGCAUAUGUUAAAUUUACUUACACCGCAGAGAGGGAUGAUGAGCUGUCUUUGGUAAAAGGCACAAAAGUCAUUGUAAUGGAGAAGUGCAGUGAUGGCUGGUGGCGAGGAAGCUACAAUGGACGCAUGGGCUGGUUUCCUUCAAACUACGUGACCGAAGAAAAUGAUAGUCCCUCUGGUGACCAAGUGGGCUCCUUAACAGAGAAAUUGGCCGCAGUUGUUAAUAACCUUAACAAUGGUCGUUCGCUUCAUGUAGUUCAGGCUCUUUACCCAUUUAGCUCAUCCAAUGAGGAGGAACUUAAUUUUGAGAAGGGAGAAGUAAUGGAUGUUAUUGAGAAGCCAGAAAAUGAUCCAGAAUGGUGGAAGUGUCGGAAGAGCAAUGGUCUUGUAGGUCUGGUGCCGAAGAACUACGUUACUAUCAUGCAGAACUUUCAAUCCAGUUCAGGUUAUGAGCCUUUACCACCUCGCUGUGAUUAUGUUGGACCCUCUGCAUCUGGAAGAUUUGCUGGCAACCAGUGGUAUUAUGGAAAGGUGACACGACAUCAAGCAGAAAUGGCACUAAAUGAACGUGGAAAUGAGGGAGACUUUCUUAUUAGAGACAGUGAGUCUUCACCAAAUGACUUUUCGGUGUCGCUGAAAGCCCAAGGAAAAAACAAGCAUUUCAAAGUGCAGAUGAAAGACAGUGUGUACUGUAUUGGCCAGCGCAAAUUUACUACAUUGGAGGAAUUGGUAGAACAUUACAAAAAGGCCCCUAUAUUUACCAGUGAGCAGGGUGAGAAACUAUCUAAUCAAGCCUUUGUCUUGAGGAUGCAAAGUGGAAACGAGGGAAGGAUUUCCAGGAUUGGUGCAUUCACUGAACGACUGAAAAGACGACGGCUGGAAGCCACGGAACGUACCAAAGGCAUCUUUUGGCCCAGUAGCAAUCCUCCUGUAUCACUAUUCCCAAGUCCCAGCCGACAUAUUUUCCCCUUUUUAGAAUUUAAUUCUUCUAUAUUAUUUUUAUUUGCCACCACACUUUCUGUGCAGUUUCUCCACCCCCUUUUUUUCUACAUUAUGCCUUAUUAUUGCAACAUAUCAGAUUCGGUGUAGAAUUGUGUAACCUUCUGUAAUCAAUUAUGUCCUGAGCAAUGUGACUGUGGAUUGACAAGAAAAGAUCAUGUCUGAUAUCUAGCAUCUACAUGCUGCUUCAUUUGGGUAGGGGAGGGGUUCUUCAAGUAUAUGUUGGGUUUUUCCCUUCAUUCCAUGCUAUGAACUAUGAAUUUUUAAAGUCCGCCUGGAUCAAAUGCUGUUCUCACUGUGGAAAUGCUGUCUUCGGUUUCACAACCCCUAUCAGACUGUACAUUAUGUCAGCUACAGAAGUGGGAUGUGUGCUAACUGUCUUCUUUUCUUGUUAUUAUCCAAGACAUUUCAUAUUUAUUUGUUAAAAGAAACAAAAACCUUUGAUUACAUUUCACGUGGACUGUUCCUUAAAAUGUUUUAAUACUUACAACAUAAAGGUUGUUCAUAUGUUUAGCUUUUUAUGGCCUUAUAGGAGACUUUUAAAACAAUGCAGUCUGCUGUUAUAAGAACAGACUUGUGAAUGUGCAGGUAUAGAACUAGAAGAUGCCUGUCUCUACAAAUACAAUAAAGACUCUUACUUAUUGAA